UGCUGGUAUGUGUGCGUGAAAUCUAUUAGGAUGCGUAACGAAGGUACAUGUGUACCUAUAGUCUUUGAUCUAUUAGUUAUUCAAGAAGUUAUAAUGGAGGACUCGUACCAUAUAUUUCUCUGUAGAUAAAAGAUAGAUUUCAGAAAUGAUUUAAGAUUGGAUAGCGAAGUUUCUUUAAAUAUACAGCUAUGACAAAGCCAGAUCGGGGCUGGGCAUGGGUGGUAGCCACAUCUUCGUUUUUUGCACAUUCUAUAAGUGGAUAUUUCCAGUGGGCUAGUGGUAUGGUUCAUAUAGUGCUGUUGGAAGCCUUCGAUGAUAGUUUGUUAAAAACGUCAUGGGUCAGUGCUUUGUUUUUGUCCUUGAUAUCAUUAGCAGGUCCAUUGACCGGUGUUUUAAUUAACCGAUUCAACUGUAGAAUAUCAAUGAUAGUAGGUUCUCUGAUGCUUACCAUUGGUCUCGUUACAACAGCGUUUGUGCCCAACCUUAACUGGACAUUUUUUACAUUCGGACUUUUAUCAGGGACUGGUCUAGGAAUAUGCUAUAACUCUGGACUCAUUGUUCUCGGAUUCAACUUUGAACGAAAACGGAACCUAGCAGGUGGAUUUGCUAUAUCAGGAUCAGGUAUAGGUCCGUUUCUGCUGACUCCUAUUUUCCAGUUUAUUUAUGAGACCUACGGUAGAACAGGCUAUUUUAUCCUUCUUGGAGGUCUCUCUUUACAGUAUUGUGUAUGUGCUUCAACUUUCUGGGAAUCAGAUAUAGAAAAAAGAUCAAAAGAACGCAAACCUCUUCAAAAACAAAGUACUCAUGAUUCUUGUAGGCCGUAUAUAUCCAUUAUGAAAAAUAUACCAAUGUCGUGUAUAUGCGCAUGUCUUUUUUUAGCGGAUAUAAGCGUCUUCCUUCUGUAUUUACAUUUUCCAAAAUACUGUUUACAGACAUAUUCAACAAAAACAGAAAUAUCUCUAUUCAUGUCACUGGCAGGUAUAUGGAGUGCUAUAGGCAAAUUGCUGUUUGGCAUGGCGAACAACAGUCACGAUAUUGAUGAAACCAUUACGCUUUUCGGAACCUUCGGGAUUUUAGGUAUUGGUACUAUAAUUUUUCCUUUCUUCCGUUAUGAGUUCUAUGCCAAAGUAAUAUACGCAAGUGUUCUUGGUUGUUAUUCCGGUUGUUGCUGGAUUGUAUUGAACACUAUAGUGAUAUGCAUCAUAGGCAGAGAAAGAUUUGCUCAUGCCAUUGGAUACAUAAUGCUGUAUUGUGGGCUAGGAACACUUUUUGGACCUCCUCUUGCAGGAUUUAUUGUUGACUUUGGUGGAACAUACGAUGAUUCUUUUACAGCAGCAGGUACUAUAAAUGCUUCGGAAUUUGAAGAUUCUGCUGAUCCUCAAAAUGAAAUUCAAAAUCUAUUUGAAAUGCCAGAGCUUCAACCGUUUUUUAAGCAACUAGUUAAAGUAGGUGUUUCGGAGGCACUUAAAGAAAUGCAUGCGAAAGUAAGUAAGUUGGAAAAUAUUAUCGACGAUAAAAAUUACCAGAUCAGGGAAUUACAACACCAAAAGGCGAUUUUAGAAGAUCGACUAAAGGUUAUAACAAGCAAUAUGGGAGACAGAGAUAAACUUCAAAGUGAAAUUAAAAGAUUAAAUGACGAAAUUAAUAAAUUGAAAGCAGAGUUGAUAUCAGCAAAUGAAGAUUUGGAGAAAGAAAUAAAGUCGAACACAGAAAAAGAUGCUGAAAUUGCACAAUUGGAGAAAGAUAAGAUAUUGACUGAAGAAAAUGAUGAUAGGACAGCACAAUUGCAGAAAGAAAAAGAGUCGAGAAUGGCACAAUUAGCGAAGGAUAAAGAUGCUAAGAUAUCACAUUUGGAGAAGGAGAUGAAGCUGAAUGAAGAAAAAAUGGCUAGGAUAGCACAAUUGGAGAAAGCAAAAAAUGCUGAUAUGGCACGACUGAGGAAAGAACACAAAGAUAUGAUGUUAGAAUUGAAAAAUGAAAAAGAUGCUAAGUUGCAAUACAAACAAGAAAUCGAUAAUUUAAAAGUAGAGAAGCAACAAGCUAAUUCGCAAAAAAAGGUUGCACUUAAGAAACUAAAAGAUCUAAAACAAGUGAUAGAUAGAAACAAUUGA